UUGGGCCUGUUCUCUGCUGCUCUCCUUAUUUGGACCGCCAGGUGAUAAGGCUGGGACAUAAAGGGGGUCUGGCAGCAAGAGGGAGCAGCAAUUCGCGUCAGAGAAGAUGGCCAGCAGGAAGACUGGGAUCCGGGGAAAGGCUGCAGCCACCAAGCAGACUCAGCGUGGAUCUUCCAAUGUCUUUUCCAUGUUUGAACAAGCCCAGAUCCAGGAGUUCAAGGAAGCAUUCAGCUGCAUUGACCAGAACAGAGAUGGCAUUAUCUGCAAGUCAGACCUGAGAGAGACCUACUCCCAGCUCGGCAAGGUGAGCGUCCCAGAGGAGGAACUGGAUGCUAUGCUGCAGGAGGGGAAGGGCCCCAUCAACUUCACGGUCUUCCUCACACUCUUUGGGGAGAAACUCAAUGGGACAGACCCCGAGGAAGCCAUCCUGAGUGCCUUCCGUAUGUUUGACCCCAGCGGCCAAGGGGUAGUGAACAAGGAUGAGUUCAAGCAGCUCCUCCUGACCCAGGCAGACAAGUUCUCUCCAGCUGAGACAGUGGCCCCUGUUCAUCCCUCCAAGCAUGCUGAGAAGACAGGGUGAGCAAAUCAAGGAAUUGUCCUUAUGCUAUCCUAAGUUGUUUUUUUUUUUUUUUUUCAUGAAGUAAGGGAUAAAUUUAAAAUCCAAGCCUCUACAGGUGAAAUUGUGAUAGACUUUGAAAUGGAUGAAAACACCACAGGUGUCUCAUUAUUAAUUGGAUGGAGUCCUCUGCACCUUUAUCUUUAAGCAAUUUCAUAACUCUAUAGGUUAUAGAAAACUAAUAGCAAGGCAAUGACUCUUGUCCACAGACAUGCAAAUAAAUGUUCAGUGGAAACAUUUAUUUUCCCUUUUACUCUGUUAAAAGAAGCCAAUUUUGCAACUGUUAAGCAGAUUCACCUCAGCAUUCCUGACUGCCUAUCCAUAUGGAUGCUUUUUGCAUUCUUCCUGAAUGAGUUGUAACAUUUUAUUGUUUCCCUAGUGAAUUAACAAAUAAAAUCUUUGGUGGUGUUCACUA